AUGCCUACGCGAGCAAUCAAGGCGAUCUUCUACACACGCUUUCAUCAUGAGAAAGGUUCACGUGUCCUCCACCAAGUCCCAGCAGGCGCUAUAACACCGUCAACCUCACCCUCCGCCCUGCCAGUGCCCCUCUUUCAGUUCUCGUCGGUGACGCAAUACCUCAUACCUACCCAGCAGUUUUGCGAUCGUCUCAUAACUUGCUGCGUCAACCACCACCGCAUCAUCGGUUACCCUGUCUGCAUAAAGGAAGAGAAGAAAUACGAAAGAAAUGAAUUCAUCUUCAACUUUGCUGUUGUAAUCAGCGAGAAUGAGGCAGAUUGGGCGUGCUAUGGACAGGUAGUGAGGAAACUGGGACGUCUGCUGAGAGGGCUGGAAGAGCAGGGAGGCUUUCUUAGCAAAGAAGAGGAUGGUGUUUGGGACGAUGAGAAUGUAGGUCUUGGGAUAGGAGGUGGUGGCAUGGACAACAGUAUGGGUGGCAGUGGCUUUGGGAUAGGCAGCGGCAGCAAAGUGUACGCGCUGUGUGAGAUGGUGCUUGAAGACCUCAACAAUUAUGCUGAGUGCAUGAUACCAAUUGACGACUCGAACACUAUCAACUUGAAGCUCUUCCCUACAAGACCACCGCCUCCACCCGUUCUCGCGCAUCAGGUCCCGCUCCUCACGAUGUCGCUCGCUGGCCUACAGUCGCCAAUCUCGUCAGACCUUACAUUGAACCGCAUUCUGCCAUAUAUCAAUGGUGUAAACUCCAUAUCACGAAUCGCUCAGCUUGCGGAUACAGACCUCUCCUUGACACGGAGAGCGGUGCAACAUCUGGUGUACUAUGGGUGUUUGGUGCUCUUGGAUAUCUUCAGCUUUAGCGCUAUCUAUGCACCGACGGCAGAGAUUGGCGGCUUCAUUGUAGAUGACGAUAUUAAGGAGGAAUGUAUGAGAUAUGUCAGGACGCCGAAGCUGAGAAUAGGAUCAGCGGUCAGCAGAACUACGGGUGGGCGAAGCGAGUCUGAACGGAGCCGAGAUAAACGCAGCUCGAUAUCCUCAUCAGCGUCGCAGCAAAGCGAGACUGCAAGCUCAACAAUUCACAUUUCGGACUUCGAUGCUGGAGAGAAGCAAGAUGAGAACAAGGACGAGGACGAGUGGCACAUCGAGUACGAGACGUUGAGCACAUUAUACACGUCCUUGCGACAAGGGCUCACAUUGAAGAACUGGGUGCUCGAUAACCUCGACCUGCUUAGUGGCAUCGAUAUCCGUCGAUUCAUCACCUUCGGCAUCAUCAAAGGCUUCCUGUAUCGUGUCCACAAAUACGCAUACGCAACAUCGACAGCACUGCCUCCAGCACUACCUACAAGUCUUCAGACGUCAGCUGCGCCCUCAACCUCGAACUUGAGAGACUCUGAUACAACUACUAUUCGUGGCAAUGGUCACCACCCUUCGAUAAUUAACCUACACUCGCACACACAACACUCUUCGUUAUCAGUACACCGACCUUCAAUCGCCUCGACGAGUCUGGAUCCGCACCUAGCGAACACACAUCACCAUCACAAAGCGCCGAGUGUCUCGCGAAACCAGGAGUUGAAGGAGAUGGAUAAGCUAGUCAGUGAUAGGGAGAGAGAGAGUGGGCUGCCUUUAGUAAGGUUUCUAGACGGGAUGCACUGCUUCGAUGAGAUCUGCAGUGAGCUAUCACUGCCCGAGAAAAUAGUUGAAGGUAAGAUCAGGGGAGUCGGCGAGGGUCUUGGGGUGGUAAUACAUCGGUGA